UGGUAAACACAUUAAAUACAGUUGAUGCUUGAAUUUGGUACUUAAUAAUUUUCAUUUUUGACCAAAAUUGAAUGAAUUCUGAAUUUUGAAUUCAAAAAAAAAAAUGAACAUCUUUAAUUUGUUAUCGAUUUUAAUUUUUGUAUUGUUUGCAUAUGCAGACGAAAGUAUAACAGAAGUUUCAGUGAAAAAUGAUGUAUGUGCAGAUGAAUGCGAUCCAAGUGGUUGUCCAGUUCCAAAUAGCGAAUGUCUUGCUGGCUUGGUAAAAGAUCAUUGUGAUUGUUGUUUUGGUUGUGGACAACGUGAAGGAGAAAGAUGUUAUGAAAAUAAAUUUAAAAAUCAAUUACCCGAUGAUUAUNGAUAUUUUUGUUGUUGUUUGAAUUUGGUACUUCAUAAUUCUCAUUUUUGGCCAAAAUUGAAUGAAUUUUGA